AUGUACCUCCCGUCCCUCUCCCGUCACUUUCUCACCCCUCCCCCUCCCACCCACCACACCACCGUCACACACACACACACACACACGCACACCCACCCCCUCCUCCUUCGUCCGCUCUUCCUGCUCUUCCUCUCCCCGAAGUCCCAGCAACAAAUAAUCCCUGGGAGCUUCGACAGAAUCCAAAAUUUUGAAAGGCUGACGAUCUUCUCCCUCUCUCUCCACGCACCAGCACAGCUUCUCUCCUUCCACUCCAUUCCUCCCACUCCCCAAUCCAUACUUCUCCUUCAACCUCGCCGCUUCUUUCUUCCCUCACACACCGCUCUGCUUGACUCGACUCGACUUCGAUUCGACCUCCGAUUCCUGACAUUCACUUGA